GCCCCAGGUUCCGCUCUGUCAUCGAGUUGCAGUCGCAAUGACCAGUGACCUGUGUCUGUACUCCUGGCCGGGAGCUUACUACGUGAGUGGCGAGCGGCGCUGGGCAUAUGGGACCCUCCAGAUGACCCCCAGCCAACUGGUGUUCCGGGCGGAGAAGGAGAGGCCGGAGCCGCUGGUCCGCCUGGAGCUGUCGGCGAUGCUGGAGGUCAGGAAGGAGACGUCUAGCCUGGUGUUCAGCUCCCUGACGGUGCUAGCCAGCGGGGGCCACAAGCACUGGUUCUCCUCGCUCCGGCCCAGCCGGGCAGCGGUCUUCAACGUGUUGGAACACUUCUGGAGGGAACAGCUGUUGGGCCAGGAGGGGGGCGGGGAGGGGAGCGGGAACGGGGAGGGGGCCGCGGCCUCGCCCUGGGGAAGCCCCUCAUCCAAGGGCAAGGAGCUGAUCAGCCUGGCCACCAGCUCCCAGAGGCGGCUGGAGGACACGACGACCGUCCUCCACCACCAAGGGGAGCAGUUUGACCGCAUCACGAAGGGGCUGGACAAGAUCGAGUCGGACAUGGACGUGGCUAACAGGCUUUUGACGCAGCUCGAGUCGCCGCCCUGGUGGCCGUUCGGGAGCAGAUCGCGGGCGGCGGGCGGGGCCGGAGGAGGCGGGCCGGAGGAAGCGGGAAUGGAGGAAGCGGGAAUGGAGGAGGCGGCGGCCGAGGGCGGACUCAUCGUCAAGGUGCCGGUGCUGUACUCCCGGGACGCGGACACCGGCCUCCAGCAGGGAGCGCUGUGCGUGCUGUGCUCCGGCCUGGACAUCCUGGACUGGGAAUCUCGGCCCGUCCACCGGUACCUCCGGGAGGAGGUGGACGAGGUCAGGGUCCGCAGCCCCUACCAGGUCACCGUGCGGCAACGCUUCAUCGGCCGCCCGGACGUGACCUACCACCUGACCUCGGCCCGCAUGUCCGCCGCGCUGUCCGUCAUGGAGGUCCAGUACUGCCGCAAGGUCCUCUUCCGGGACGAGCUGCUGGGAAUCUUCCGGCCGGGAGACUCCCCCGUGUCCGAGAGCUCCGGCUCCCUCUGGAAAUCAGCCAGCGGGUUCCUGGACAAGGUGAUGCACCCCGGGACAGCGAGCGGAGAGGGGCAGCUCCAGCAAGUCACGGCCCAGAGCGUGUCCGAGUCCGAGGUUCACGAGCUCCGGCAGAUCCUCGGGAAGCUGAAAAGUCUGGCCCUGGACACGGAGACAGAGCUGGAACGUCAGGACGAGACCCUGGACGUGAUAGGAAUCUCCACUGACCGAGCCACGGCCCGAAUCAACACCAACACCAGGAGAGUCCGGAAACUACUGUAGAGGAGAUGGCGGGGGGAGAGAGAGAGAGAGAGAAA